CCCUUGUAUUUGUUUCCGUUUUUCUCCUGUGCUGCGAGAAAAUUUUCUGCAAAGAACAGCAAGAUGUUUACGUCAUUUAAUCGAUAACUUAACUAGGUGGUGCCCACAUAGAAUCAAAAUGGACAAGCAGUAUUCAGUGCAGUUCUUUGCCACCUUUGUUGACAAUCUUCAAGAACUGUGUAAAUCCUUCCUGGACUUUAAUCAGUUGGUGGAAGUGAGUGGCUAUGUUUGUGUUGAGAUUGACAACACCAAGAAGGAACGUUACGUCCUCAGUGAGCUGGUGCAGAGCUGUGGCAAUGUGAUCAGUGAGAGCUACUGUACAAAGGCCUUUCGUACUCCAGGGAAGCCGAUGAGCCAGAAUCUCGGCCGGCAGCAGAGACUGAAUCCAAGGUCAAAGGAGAAUCUGAAUGGGCGAUGUCGUCCUGGACAGCCAAUGAGACAAGAGAGGAGACCACCUCCCCAAGGCCCUCAGAACCCGAGGAUGCACCAAAAGUCGGUCGUAGAGUCUCCAAUGAGACCGCGAGGGAGAAACUUCGGUCUCAAAGUUUCCAAUGUAUCGUCACUGGUGUUUCAGGAGAAGGACAAUGGAGGCCUCCCUCCUCACAGUGUUGGGGGCAGGAUGCCAGGACAGAGGCGAGGUUUUGCUCAGCAAGAUCGAGAAAUGGUGCCGGUCAAAUCAGAGAAGCAAGACUUCUAUCCUGAAGAAGGUUCCCAGUCUCAUUUCUACCACCCUGAAGCCAGGCACAAGACCAGGGUCCUGCACGAGGAGUGGGAAGGCAGCGAUACUUAUGUGUAUCGGAAUGUGUCCAUUGAGAGAGUGACCAACGUGCCACAGAGGCCUGCUGCGCCCAGGAUCACUCAGUUUGCUGAUGACGAGGAGCAGAGUCCAGGAUCAGAAUCGGACUCGGAGGAUGGUCCUCCCCAGCAGGGCCGCCCACAAGGCAACUGGAACCGAACACCCAAUGCAGAGGCGAUGGAUCAGAUGAUGGACCAAGAUCAGGAGUGGUCUGGGCACCAGCCACAGCAGGAACAAGAAACCAGUCAGCCACCAAUCUUGGAGGACUUUGAAAUCAAGCCUGAUUUGAGCCUUGUCAAACAGGAGGUUGAGGAUCCUGAGUAUGAAGCUUCAGAAAUGAAACCAGAAGAUUUCCCCAUGCCUGAAGAAGAGUUUUAUGCCAGAGAACAAAUGGCUUUUGCUGCACGAGGGAUUCACCCGUCAAAACAGGCUCCGGUCAGAUUGGGAAUGAAGCCUCCUGCUGCUACUGUUGUGGCAAAACACAGUCCAAGACCAACUGUUCCAGUGCAGAAUGUCCAAGGUCAAACUGUGCUCCCCGGCCCGUCCACCUCUCAGAUCUCAAUGAGAUCGCCUGAUGUUGGAUUUGCUCGACCUCAGGAGGUUGCUAGUGUUCCUCAGCAGGUGAUUGACAAGUCUCUGCUGAUGAUUGAUGAAGAAACAGAUGAGUUUGUUGAGGUGGACAUGGAGGAGUUUCUGGAGGAUGAGGAACUGGCCGAGCUAAGCCAGGAGAUGAUGGAAGAAUCCCAGCCGGGAGGAUCCAAAGGGGAAUCUGAUGACAAAGAAAUCAAGAAAUACAAGUCCUCCUUGAAGAACCAGCGUCACGCUUUGAAAUUGUUUAAUGACUACCAGAAGAAGCGGGGAGAGGGAAUGAAGCCAAUUCAGACUAUCCAUCCCGAGAGACUCGAUAACCUCCUCUCAGACUUCUUCUUGACCCUCAGAAAAAACAAUGGCCAAGAGUUUGGACCGUUGUAUUUGAAGAAAAUUCAUUGUCAUUUAGAUAGGUAUCUCCAAGAUGCCAAUUACCCCUUCUCAAUCACCAAAGACGACCAGUUCAAACACUCGAAUCAGAUCCUCAGGGACAAAAUCGGUGAGCUAAAGGCAAGGUCUAAGGGUGGUCCUGUAGUGCAGACCCCAAUAACUGAGGACGAUGUCACGAUCAUGUUUGAAGCAGGUGAGCUAGGAGGCUGUAACCCAGACACCCUCCUCAACACCAUGUGGUUUGUGAACAACUAUUUCUUUAGCAUCAAACAACCAGCCGACCACUUCAAUCUCACAUGGGGCGAUUUCCAUUUAACGAAAGACGAAGACGGACAUGAAUAUUUAGAAUGCCCCGCAGGCAAAUUCAAAGGGGGUAAGAUUUAUGCUGACAAGGAAGAUCCCGAGAGGUGCUAUGUUAGGUUGUACAAGCGCUAUCGGGACAAGCGACCACCCCACACCGUUGAAGAUGACGCUCCUUUCUAUCUGACCCCUAAUCGCAUUACGAGAGCUGAUAGUGUGUGGUACUCCCCAGAACAUGCUCCACCUUCUAGACUUAAUGGCAUCUUUAAAAAGAUAGCUGCAGUUUGUGGCUUACAGGACAAGAAAAUGCCAUAAAAAGCCUUCAUUGAAUAGAGUUGCUGUGUGGCUGAAAUGUUUGAGAUGGCAGUAUGGUGAAACCUGAUCCUAUUGCCAGGUCUCACCACUAAAGCAAGGGCUAUUCUAUGAAAGUAGAGGGAGAAAUGAAAUUUCAUUGGAGGGAGUGGUUUUAGGCAUGGCUUGUGUAUAGUAGCUGUUCCUGUUUUUAGUGGCAUGUGUAUGGUUCCAUCUUCAGUGGUGAUCUUUGCUAGGCAGUCUGAUGAGCAUGCCGUAGAAACAGUUAUUGCAAUCUCAUUAAAAGAAGAUCCUUUACUCCAAUACGAUAUCUCUCUGCAUGAAGAUCUGAGGAUACCUCCAUAGAUUGUUGCAAUGGGUGAACCCUGAGUGAACUUUGACCACCCAGUCUAAACGAAGGAUGAAUGGGUUUUUAAGCCAGAUGUCAGUCUUCUAUAUGAUUUGGCUUCAUUUCUUUGCCACUUCUAUGCGGAAAAUUAUUGCCCCCCGCAAAAGUAAACCUCCACAGAACACAAAUGGUCCUCAGAAAUGACUGGAUGUGAAAAAUCUCCAUAAGAGAAUAAUAGCAUGUUUUUAUUUUUUGCAUUCAGAACUUGCUAAUUAUGUUUAAUCUCUAGACACAAAAAUCACAUAUCCUUGUCUCAAUGCUUUGCUCACUUGUUAUUUAGAAUACAAUUCUUAGAAUUCUUGACACUGAUUUGGUGAUUAGAAAGUUCACCUGACGCGAUCUCCUGUGGAGGUGACCUCACAUCUUAACAUUAAGAGGUAUUGUAUCGAAGUAAAAGAUCUCAUUUUAAUGAGAAUGGAGUUAUUGUGAAUUUUCAUCCAUGUCCAAAACAUUUUGCUGUACAGCAAUCAUUUUACUUUUAGCAAAUAUCUAUGUCAAUGUAUGAUAUUUUUAUUGUUUGUGAAUGCAUUAUAAUUUUCAUAUUGCUUUGCCCCAGUUGUUUUAGAAUCGCAUCCUAUCUACUGUUCUUCCAUCUCCAGAAUAAACACAGUUCCCUGAUUUCUCACACAACUUUGUGCAAAGACUAUUAGGAGCCCACUGUCAGCUCGGGUAACAAUCAUGAACGCUAUGGACAAUAUUUUAGGAUAUACAGAAUAAAUUAGUCAUGCAAGAUUUUCCAUUAUGAAAGUAAAUGUUUUUGACUGUGAAGCCUUCUUUUUCAAUCUGUUGAUUUAUCGAUUGUUUUUUUCUCAAAGUGUUUGGUUGUCAAACAUAGAUCCUUAAACUUUAAAAAAAAUAAUAGUCAGAAGGAUGAGAAAAAUAAUUCAUACACCAAAGUAUUCAUGGUCCUUAACGGGGGGGGGGGGGGCCAGUUUCAGUAUAGGAACAGAGUCAUGCACUGCUAGGGGUACCACUGAAGCUGUGAAUAGUCUGCAUCAUGGCUGCCUCCCAUGCUUUGAGCAUACAUUUAUUGGUCUUUAAGCAUCUGUCAUUUGUCACAGUCACACAUAACAAUUUGAGAUUAUUAUGUUUUUGAGUGAUUAUCAGGCUCGUCAGUAUUCAAAAAAAGCUUCAAGCUGACAUUUUAUGUUUUUGCACAUUCCUGAUGUUUAGGGUUGGCAGAUCAGUAAAGCACAUUAUUAGAAGUAAAUCCACCUUGGUUCCCUGAAGGAGUGAUGUUUCUACUGGACAGCAUGAUAGUGUCGUGGAGACAGUGAUGUGGUGAUGUCUGGAAAGAGUUACGAUUACAUGUGUGCAGCAUGUUCCCUCCUCGUUAAUCAGGUUCCAGUGUGCACCUCCAUCCUCCGGCUUAAUGUUUCAUAUUGUGUAAUUAGUAAAUAUCCAGCCAGUCAAAUCAAGCUGUUGCAUGUAAGGACUUGUAGCUCGGUACAGAUGGCUACAGUGAAUCCUGGCACUAGCGAGGCCUGUCGUGUGGACGUCCCAUCAUGGCGCUGUAUCUACCUGGGCAGUGGGUAGCCUUGUGGUUACCACUCUUGUAGCUCAGUACAGAUGGCUGCAGUGAAUCCUGGCACUAGCGAGGACUGUCGUGUGGACGUCCCAUCAUGGCGCUGUAUCCACCUGGGCAGUGGGUAGCCUUGUGGUUACCACUCUUGUAGCUCAGUACAGAUGGCUGCAGUGAAUCCUGGCACUAGCGAGGACUGUCGUGUGGACGUCCCAUCAUGGCGCUGUAUCUACCUGGGCAGUGGGUAGCCUUGUGGUUACUACACUUGUAGCUCAGUACAGAUGGCUGCAGUGAAUCCUGGCACUAGCGAGGACUGUCGUGUGGACGUCCCAUCAUGGCGCUGUAUCUACCUGGGCAGUGGUUAGCCUUGCGGUUACUACACUUGUAGCUCGGUACAGAUGGCUGCAGUGAAUCCUGGCACUAGCGAGGACUGUCGUGUGGACGUCCCAUCAUGGCGCUGUAUCUACCUGGGCAGUGGGUAGCCUUGUGGUUACUACACUUGUAGCUCAGUACAGAUGGCUGCAGUGAAUCCUGGCACUAGCGAGGACUGUCGUGUGGACGUGCCUUCAGGGCGCUGUAUCUACCUGGGCAGGGGGUAGCCUUGUGGUUACUACACUUGUAGCUCGGUACAGAUGGCUGCAGUGAAUCCUGGCACUAGCGAGGACUGUCGUGUGGACGUCCCAUCAUGGCGCUGUAUCUACCUGGGCAGUGGUUAGCCUUGCGGUUACUACACUUGUAGCUCGGUACAGAUGGCUGCAGUGAAUCCUGGCACUAGCGAGGACUGUCGUGUGGACGUCCCAUCAUGGCGCUGUAUCUACCUGGGCAGUGGGUAGCCUUGUGGUUACUACACUUGUAGCUCAGUACAGAUGGCUGCAGUGAAUCCUGGCACUAGCGAGGACUGUCGUGUGGACGUGCCUUCAGGGCGCUGUAUCUACCUGGGCAGGGGGUAGCCUUGUGGUUACUACACUUGUAGCUCAGUACAGAUGGCUGCAGUGAAUCCUGGCACUAGCGAGGACUGUCGUGUGGACGUGCCUUCAGGGCGCUGUAUCUACCUGGGCAGGGGGUAGCCUUGUGGUUAACGUCGUGGCUUGUCUCAGAACCAAUGAAAGGUUUCUGCCUGUGUACGUGCUAAAUAACAGACACAGGAAACCAAGGUCACUUGUCUCUGCAUCCACCAAUGUCCAGAUAUUGAACUUCUAUUCUAUACUACUCAAAAGAAGUUUAGGGUCACCUGAUUCUUUCAUAUUACAAUAGUUAAUCUCUCAUGCCAUGACAGAUUAACAUUACCAAUAUGAAAGAAUCAGGUGAUCCUUAACUUCUUUUGAGUAGUAUAUUACGAUAAUACCCUUUACCCAUUCGCCUCCAACCCUUUAAUGUCAGUUUUUGGCGUUGUCAAUUAAACUCAAAACAAAGAUAUUUUGCCAACAGGGUCCAAGGGGUAUUUCAUAAUAAAAUGUAAAUCGCAUACACUGGAUAAUCAAGGAAGUUACCUCAAAUGGUAUUAUUUUCUGGGUAACUUUACCGAACAUUGACAAGCUUAACUGCUUCGUGAUGAGUCAUCACUUGAUUGGUCUGAAUAUUAUUCCCUCUCUUUUGGUUCACCCAGGUUAUUUGAUUGGUCAGUUAUGUAAAGGCAUUGUUCAGUUCCCAUGGUGCGUCACUAUGAAAAAUUUGGGCCGUGUCCUGGAGGGGUGAAGUGUAUACAGAACCCACAACGAUGAAGAUGCAUGUUCUUGUCAAUUGGGGAUUAACAUAUUCUAGAUCUUAAUUUUGAGAAUGAAAAAAAAAUACUGUAUAGUGUGUAUAUUUCUGAACUGGUUUUAUUGUAACUG